CAAGCUGCUCGCUCUUGAACAGAAACCAACAGCCGAAACGAAAGCGAAAGCAAAACGGUUUCCUCAGUGACCAGUGUUGUUAUCUGAGUUAACAUUCGGUUUGGAUGAAAACGAAUCUCUUCAUGACUACUUUUAGGACUACUUUUUUUGUUUGACGACGGCUGAAACUCCGCAGCAAGGUAACAUCAAAUAAACUCCUAGUACUUUUUGCUGCACUUGUUCAUUACUGAAUGGGAAUGUCUUUGAGAAGAUCUGUGUCUUUGGAUUUAAGCAGAGCCUCGGGUGUGAGGGGCCUUUCAAACUACAGCCUGUCAUGCUGUGUAAAUGCUUUGCUUCAGUCCUUCUCAGCCACUACAGAGUUGUUUGAAUUGCUCAACAGAUGGCAGCCAUCUGAUGAAUCUGAAGACCCCCACAACGUUCCACUGCAGCUAAAGAGAGCAUUGCAUGCCAUGAGGGACCCACAGCAGCCUGCUCCUCAUCAUGCCUUCCUGGACUGUCUUCAUCAUAACUACAUUCUCCGGUACGCUCAGCAUGAUGCUGAUGAAGUGUUCCAUGCCAUCCUCAACCUCAUUCAGCAGCAGGUGCCUGACCCAAGCCUGGCUGCAGAGAUCAAAAAUCUUUACAAGAUCACAGUGGAAGGACAGAUACAUUGUUUAAAAUGUGCAUAUGUGCACUGUGUCUCCACCUUCUUUCUAAGCCUCCCACUACAUGUCUCUGAAGACAAGAACACCUUGGAGGACUGUAUUCGUUCUUUCUUUGCGGUCCAGAAGUUAGAGCACAGCGAAGAAUUCUUCUGUGACAGGUGUGAGGAGAAGCAGCCAACUGCUCAGGGGUUUAAGAUUGUUUCACUGCCAUCCAUCUUAUGUAUCCAUCUGAAAAGAUUCAGAAGUGGCUUUGGCUUUGCCAGGAAGCUGUUCUGCGAAGUCACUUUCCCUGAAUCCUUCAACAUGGCGGACAUUUUAAAAGAAGGAAAACUAACUCAGGAAAUGCUUGAGGGAAAUUACAACCUGUUUGCAGUUAUAGUGCAUUCAGGGUUCUUUUUUGGGCAUUACACAGCAUACAUCCAUUCCAUGCAGGACCAGACGUGGUAUUUCACCAAUGACAGCCAGGUAUAUCAGGCCAGCUGGAAGGAUGUUCAGCAAACAUAUGGAGGAAGGUUGAAGAAUAAUACUGCAUAUAUGCUGCUGUACAGGAGAGACAGCACAGAGAUGAAACAAGGGUCUUCAAGAUGAAGUUCUAAUCACCAUCUACCUUUUUGUAUAAGGCUGAGGAAAGAAAGGACAUAGCAAGACACUCUGUGUUGGACAGGUUAAAAUACAAGAGACUAUAAAAUAUAUUUUUAAGAGAAAGUUUUAAUAUAUAUAUAUAUAUAUAUUUAUAUGUCUAUAUAUUUUUUGUAUAGAAUCUCAGAAUUUCUUGGUCCUUGGUUCUGGUAUCUGAUCUACAGCUUUUUUGGGGUUUAGGGCAGGGUACUGGGACAGCCACUGUAGCUUGAUUCUGUGGACAGUGAAUCAAUUUUUCUGAUGUCUAAUUGAAGUUUUGGAGACAUUCGUGACUCCUGAAUGCAACAAGCUUAUUGUGCUCAUUUUAUUUGUGUAUUUAUUUUCAGGAUUGCGCUGUAACGUAAUGCAUCGCUUUUUGUUGAAUUUCGCCUCUGCCCAGCACAGUAUUUUUCCUACUUACUCAUAAUAUUAUUUUAGCAGGAAGUAUGCGAUUAUUUUCACUAGACUGCAUAAAAUGACCUCUGUUUUUUGUGUAUUGUCCCUUAACAACUCUUCAGGAUUUACACAUAAUUUGGUGUGAUUUUAGAGGUCAGAUAACACUAAUUAACUAUAGCGAAUCAUAAGCUGCCUUAUAUUGCAUAUUCAUGAACUGUGAGACUAACUGACCCUCCCACUCUUCACACGCUCUGUGUCGCUCUACUGGAGUAACAUUAUAGCUACUAGGAGAUGGCACUCAUUUACAAAUGCUCACUUUUUGGAUACAAGAGGGAGAAUAUCACUCUAUACAUUCUGUUCAGUCAGACAGUCAAAAUGGCUCUGAUUUCUUUCCGGGGUUGAAAUGACGCCCAGUACAAUAAUUUGUACAAAGCAUUUUGUUGGCGACUCAUUUGUAAAUUAGGCCCAAUCCAGCUCCAGGUUUUCCAGCCGACUUUCCCAACACUUACUGGGGGCAAUGUGGAUGAUAAGACUGUAAAUCUUCAUUUUUAAAUAACAGUCAUCCUUUUCAUUUGACAGUUUAUUUGGUAAUGUAGCUAAUAUAAGAAUGUAGCUAAAUGUGCAGGCUAACAUAAUUUUGUUAUCUAAUUAGAUUGCUAACAUAACAUUAACAUUAGUUAACCUUAACGUUAACGUUGACCAAGAUCCCUAGCUAGCAGUCUUUCUCCCGUUGUCAGUAGGGCACUUGAACCCCCCUCAAAAAGGGGGAUAACAUGCCAAUAUAAUGUUUAUUCAGCUCGUAUUUAGACCAUUUUGCAGUUAACAGUUAACAGUAUGAGACUGAAGUUUCCUAUUGAAGCUAUUCGCCAGCUUCUUGCUUGAAUUUUUCUGUUUCACCUUGCCAUGCUGCAACGCCAUCCAUUAGCUGGCUAACAAACAGAAAUCUAAGCUGUUUGGCAUCUGAGUAUGUCGCACGCUGGAAAUCGAAUCACAUUAACGCAGCCUCGACCUGAAGAGGGAGAUUCUAACCAAGAACCUGAAAAAUGCAGCCUUAGCUAGCAGAUUCUCAGCGCUACCGUUUACGGUUAGAUUUCUGUUUGUUAGCCAGUUAAUCAAAGCUUUUGCUUUUUAAAUAUAAUGCUAACAUGAAACUGAAGUCAGCUUCUAACACUCUCACAAAGUGAACGGUAAAAGACAGAGAAAAUACAAAACAUUCCAUUUACUGUCGUUUUGGGGAAAAAUAGAAGGUAACUGAUUAUAUAUAUAUAUUUUUUUUUGUUUGCUGAAAUAUUUGAUUUUUUUACAGAUUAAAAAAAAAAACAACUGCGCAGGACCUUUAAAUGGUAGAUGAUACAGAAGUACUGUAGAUCUGAGGAGUUUCAAGGGGGCGGGUUGUGGUGGGGGCGGUGCUGCUGCCAGGAGAGAAUGCUGAAGAAUCCUUUAACUUUAUUGUUUACCAAUUUCAUGUACAAAACAUAUAUUUUAACACGUCGUUGCUUAGUCACAAUUAGGAAUAACCUGUUUAGUCACAGUUAAGUUAGAAUCUGUUUAUUAUGCAUUAUUUUGUACUGUGAUCAAAGAAAAUAUGCAAAAGAGGGAUAUGUUAAUUGAUGUGAUAGCAUAGCCAAGUGUGUUUUAACAUAUAGAUAAUGGUAUAAUCAAAUGCAGUAGUUUAAGGCAAGUGAUUUAUUUUUAUGUAAUGGUGUAUUAAUGAAGUGAAAUCAACUGAAAUGGCUAAUGAAGAAUGACAUGGUACUUUUAGAAGAAAAAAGGUGUUUGUCACAGAAGGCCAAGGCUAACUGAAGAAACAAAGUGUAUGUAAAAGGUACAAAAUUGUUAGUUAUAAUAAACCUCAGUGAAGUCAGAGUUGCUUGUGACGAUAAGACAGGUCAGGUGAGAUGAGGUAAUGGGGGUGGGCAACCUUUGUAGGGUGGUAUAAAAAAGGUUUGAUUUUUCCAGGUUUUUUAGCUGCAGCCCCAAGCAACUCAGGUUAUCACUUUCGUUUGUGAAGCUUUAAUCUUUAAUAAAAGAUUGUACAUUUUUCUGUUAUUUUUGGUGUUUAAUUGUUUUCUGUUUUGUAUUAGGUGAAGUUUUAUUUUUAAUUUAGAAACAUGACGUUUUUACACGACAAAACUCUGUAUUCUUGUUUGUUGAUCCGUAUUUUACAGUUGGCUGGCUAUAAAUCAAACUUUUGUUAACAUUAACCUCCCAGAUUUUAAUGCUAAAUUGAGUGUGAAACGUUAAAAGAAGGCAAAGUCUCCUCAGUGGUGAAGUUAGUUUCACUUUGGUAUAUUUCUUUAUUAAGUACUUUCAGAACGAUGAUUGCAAAAUGUUAUGUAUAAUUGAUCAUUGU